AUGAGCGACUAUGGCCACGGCGGGGUGCAGAUGCGGGGCAACCCGGACUCCCGCCCCAGGGGCCAGGGCCAGCGCCCUCACGUCCAGCAGCUCAAGCUCAUGGGGCAGAUCCACCCGACGACGGGGCUCACGCCCAACCUGCUCAAGCUCUUUGAACCGCGGCCGCCGCUCGAGUACAAGCCCCCGCUGGAGAAGCGCAAAUUGCCGGCCUACACCGGGAUGGCACAGUUUGUGUCGCACUUUGCUGAGCGCGAGGAUCCAGAGUAUGCUCCGCCGGUGCCUAAGUGUGAGACCAGGGCUGAGAAGAAGGCUAGGAUUCGCAAUAAUAAGCUCGAGCAAGGUGCAGCUAAGGUUGCUGAAGAGCUUCAGAAGUAUGACCCACAAAGUGAUCCCAAUGCUACUGGAGACCCAUACAAAACACUCUUUGUUGCUAGACUUAACUAUGAGACGUCUGAGCAGAGGAUCAAACGGGAGUUUGAAGGUUAUGGUCCUAUUAAAAGGGUUCGUCUUGUAACUGAGAAAGAUACAAGUAAACCUAGAGGAUAUGCAUUCAUAGGGUAUGUGCACGCACGUGACAUGAAAAAUGCUUACAAGCAAGCAGAUGGGAGAAAAGUGGACAACAAGAGGGUAUUAGUUGAUGUUGAGCGUGGUAGAACUGUUCCAAAUUGGCGUCCCAGGAGAUUGGGUGGUGGGUUGGGAUCAAGCAGGAUGGGUGGUGCUGAUGCUGACAAAAAGGAUUCCGCUAGGGAGCAACAGCAUGGUGGACGCCCUAGAUCAGAAGAGCCUAGGAGGGAUGAUCGUCGUGCCGAUAGGGAUCGUGAAAAAUCUCGUGAAAGGGUACGUGAAAGAGACCGUGAGGAGAGGACCCGUGAACGCUCACAUGACCGGACUCGUGAUAGAGAUCCACGAGAUGAGAAGCAUCACCAUAGAGACCGUGAGAGGACUCGGGACAGGGAGAGGGGAAAGGACCGCGAAAGAGACCAUGGCCGUGACCGUGACCGUGAUCGUCGUGACAGGGACAGGGAUCGUGGUCGGGACUAUGAUAGAGAAAGGGACCACGCUCGCUCUCAUGAUCGCCAUCGUGAGAGAGGCAGGGACCGUGGUGAAAGAGAUUAUGAGCGCACCAGUCAUGAACGCGUCCGUGGUCACAUGCAUGAGAGGGAUGCAGACUAUGGCAAUGGUGGGACAAAGCAUGACAAAAAUCUGUCUAGUUAUGGGCAGGAUUAUGGCUAUGGUCAGUAUGAGCAACACAAAGGUCAUGACGCAUAUGGUUAUGGUCAAGAUGGACGUGGGCAUGAAACUGAACACUCAAAGCGGCAUGAGCAGGAGUAUUAUCGUGUUGACUCAUAUGGUAAAAUGGAAGGCAACUAUCAGAUGCAGCCAAACAAUGCUGAACCAGAAGGCCCUGAGGAAGGUGAGGCAUACGAGGAAGGCCACUACCAGUAUCACCGGGCUGGUGAAUCACAUGAAUGA